AUCCCACGAAACGGGUCCCGUGCCAUAAUCUAACCCUGCGCCGGCCGUUUUGUGCGGGCCACAGCACUCGGGACCCGUCAUGUACGCUCACUGCGGACAAUGCGACAGCCACGAGUGGAUGAACGUUCGUCCUAGAUUAGCUUCAGAUUCUCAGCUUUUGAGCUAGGCUUUUACGGAAAGCAUCUGUUCGCGAGCGACGGAACAAACGCGUCGGAUUCGUCGAGUCGACUGUGCUCUUUGUGCGCGCUGCGGGUCUUACUAGAAGGCGCUCUCCGCGCCGCCCGGAGAAACUAGAUGAUCACUGUCUGAACUUGCUGCUGUUUGAAGUGAUCAGAACUUGGGUUCGUUCCAAGAGCGGCCCGAGAACGUCGACUCGCCCAGUCUAAUCGUUACCACCAUCUCUCCAUCACCUUCCAUCUCUUUCUUCGCUCGGUUCUCUAUGAGGAAAACUUCUACUCGCGCACUCGCGCGCUCGGGGCCCGGCCAGUCAGACUGCCCCCUUUUGGCACACUUUUCCGUCUCAUGGCUCCAGAUGACCACUCAGAUCGUCCGUUCUUCGCUGGCCGUGCUUCUCCCAUCGCGACCGGGACGACAAGGCCCAGGAGGCGCCAGGAUUAUGCGGGCCUAUUGGAGCAGAGCCGUCCCUGCACUGUAUGCUUGUAUAACCUCCUUCCAUUCAACUAAGGAACUUGGGACGCUGAGCACUUCUCACAUCAGCUGCUUGCGCGAGAACGCACUGGCAGCGUAGACUCACGCUGCAGGCCCUUUGCACGGCGCCCUCGUCCCCACGGCGCGCGGGCUGCAUUGAAAAGGGAUCGCUCGCUGGCCGCUGCACACGCCUGUCUGAUAGCUGGACCUCACCACGCAAUUCGCAGAGGUUGACAAGGGAGCCCUGUGCCUUUUUUGUGCAACGGACAACAUCGGAACGCGGCGCCCACUCCCUCCACCACCCUUCGCCGGAGGCAACAAGUUGACUGCGCUCCCAUCUGUCCGGAUCCCAGGAUCUCUACUGCUUGCCUGACUGUAUCUGAUUACUCCCUCUACCAUCGGAAUCUCGGAAUGUGUUUCCCUGGCAAGCGGCAGAAGGCCAACUUCGCUGAGCCCAAACACACGCCUCCGCCGACUGGGAACGGUACAAAAGCGCAGGCGGCCGCAUCCUCAUACCCUCCUACAUCCUCAUCCUCUGCCCCUCCCACUCUCCCUCCUCUUUCUCUAGAAGAAAUGUCUGCACCCCGAGUGGCUAUCGUCAUCUACUCCCUCUACGGGCACAUCGCCAAGCUCGCCGAGGGCGUCAAGAACGGCGUGUCUGCCGGCGGCGGCACCGCGACCAUCUACCAGAUCCAGGAGACACUCUCCGAGGACAUCCUCAAGCUCGUCCGGGCCCCUCCCCGCCCCGACUACCCCAUUCUCCUCCCCGAUGACAUGGUCAACUUUGACGCUUUCUUGUUCGGUGUGCCCACCCGGUACGGCAACUUCCCCGUCCAGUGGAAGGCAUUCUGGGACGCGACCGGCCCGCUGUGGUCCAAGUCGCUGCUCGCGGGCAAGAUGUGCGGCGUGUUCACCUCGACAGGCACGCAGGGCGGCGGGCAGGAGGUCACGAUCUCGAACACGCUCUCGACGUUCGUGCACCACGGCAUGAUCUACGUCCCGCUCGGGUACAAGAACACGUUCCCGCAGCUGAGCGAUCUCACAGAGAUCCACGGCGGCUCCUCGUGGGGUGCAGGCACUUUCGCCGGUACCGACGGCGCCCGCCAGCCGAGCGCUCUUGAGCUCGAGAUCGCCGCCGCCCAAGGCAAAGGCUUCUGGGAGAUCGCCGCGCAGUACCACGCGGGCCUCAAGCCUUCGUCGCCUAAGGCCCAGUAAACAAAUCUAUUCCUCGAAGUAGCAGUAGUAGUACUGUAACAGCAGCUACUUCGAGCGUGUCAGUGGGCGUCAGGAUUGAUGCCCCCCAUACCCUGUCAUUUUCUUGGUUUAUGUGUAUCUAGAUAUUCCGUCCGCAACAAUUAUCUUGUUUGUAUCACUGGAGAUGGUCUCGUACAAUCUUUAAGGUUAAUGUUCCAUCGCCGUUGGCACCCCGUACGCAAACGACAGCGCUGGACAAGUAUUGUAGUAUCCAAUCUGACAACUUUGUGCCCC